AUGAGGUUCUUCAGCACCAUCACCCUCCUUUUCACAGCCUCCCUGGCCCUUGCCGAAGGCCUAGACACCAGAGAAGCACACGAAGCCAAUCUCGCAGCGCGAGCAGCCACCAUCUGCGGAUCAGGAUACGAACUGAACAAAGCAAUUCCCCUACCUAAAGGAACAGACCCCAAGCAGCGACUGGGCACUCUUUACACUUACAUCGGCAAGGACAAGGGGUGCGCCUUCCUCGACAACAAUGUUGGCAAAGAACAGUACAUGUACAUAGGCGUGUGCGACACGAAUGGGAAACACUGUGACAAGGACUCUGGUACAUUCAGCCAGUAUGCGGGACCGAUCUAUAUCAGCAACUUUGCCUGUGCACCCUUGGUCGCGAAGAUGGGGCAGAGCUCGAAGAGUCUUUACAUCGACUAUAAGGAUGAGUACGCCUGGGCGUGUAACUAG